UACGUUGAGAUGCUCACAACAAAGGACAGCGCAACACGGAGAGGCUGCUCUCUAACAUAACCCACCGUGGCUACAAAUUUCUUUAAGCAUUCAGUCAUCUUACCGCGAAGAGAAACGAGACAAUAUCAAAAUUUCUCAUUGUCUUCCGAUAUAUUUAUGCAUAUAUUUUAAUUUAUUUUAUUGCGUGCUUUAAUUUCUGGUCCACGAGCUCAGACGCGGAGAAAUUAAUGUGAAAUUUCCUAAGGAGCACCACAAGACACUGAGCGAGGACUUCAUCUGUAUCGCAGGCAGGACAGGCGGCGCUGCGACACACCAACACAUGGAGCAUGAGAGGCUGGAGCUGAGGAUCAGCUGACCCCUCUCCCCUUCUCCAUCUCCUCCUCACCCCUCCUCUUGCUCCGCUCGAUCGACGUCGCCUUCUUUUCCUCCUCACCCCGUCCCGCCUCACCCUGUUGGAUCCCGUCCGACCUCCACCCCCUGCAAGCCUCAGUCAGCAGGGCCCGAUGUAUUCCCCGGAGCAGGAAAACAUCUCCACCACCUCGUCCACCAAAGUGCCAGUGAAGUACGGGGAGCUCAUUGUGCUGGGGUACAAUGGUUCUCUGCCCAAUGGGGACCGAGGUCGACGUAAAAGCCGCUUCGCACUUUAUAGGAGGCCGAAGGCAAACGGGGUGAAGCCCAGCACAGUUCACAUCGCCUGCUCUCCACAGGCAGCCAAGGCCAUAAGCAACAAAGACCAGCACAGCAUCUCUUACACUCUGUCCCGAGCCCAGACGGUGGUGGUGGAAUACACUCAUGACAGCAAUACUGAUAUGUUCCAGAUCGGCCGAUCGACAGAGAGUCCGAUAGACUUCGUGGUGACGGACACAGUGGCCGGCAGCCAGAGCAACUCGGACACUCAGUCGGUCCAGAGCACCAUCUCCCGCUUCGCAUGCCGCAUCAUGUGCCAGCGCACGCCGCCUUACACAGCUCGCAUCUACGCCGCGGGCUUCGACUCCUCAAAGAACAUAUUCCUAGGGGAGAAAGCUGCGAAGUGGAAGACGUCCGACGGACAGAUGGACGGGUUGACCACCAACGGCGUCCUGGUGAUGCACCCUCGCAGCGGCUUCAUGCAGGACUCCAAACCGGGAGUAUGGAGGGAGAUCUCGGUCUGUGGGAACGUCUUCACCCUGCGAGAGACCCGCUCAGCGCAGCAGCGGGGCAAAAUGGUGGAGACCGAGACUCAGGAGCUCGUUGACGGCUCGCUCAUCGACCUCUGCGGUGCCACCCUGCUGUGGCGCACAGCUGAGGGCCUGUCCCGCACCCCCACCCUUAAACACCUGGAAGCGCUGCGGCAGGAGAUCAAUGCAGCCCGCCCUCAGUGCCCCGUGGGAUUCAACACACUGGCCUUCCCCUCCAUGCGCCGCAAGGACACGCCCGACGAGAAGCAGCCCUGGGUCUACCUGCAGUGUGGCCACGUGCACGGCUACCACAACUGGGGGAACCACCGUGAGGAGAGGGAGGGCCGUGAGGGCCGACUGCGGGAGUGCCCCAUGUGCCGGGCGAAGGGCCCCUACGUGCCGCUGUGGCUGGGCUGCGAGGCGGGCUUCUACGUCGAUGCCGCUCCGCCCACACACACCUUCAGCCCCUGCGGACACGUCUGCUCGGAGAAAACGGCAACCUUCUGGAGCCAGAUCCCGCUCCCGCACGGCACCCACACCUUCCACGCCGCCUGUCCCUUCUGCGCCCAGCAGCUGAGCGGUGAGCAGGGCUACAUCAGACUCAUCUUCCAGGGACCCCUCGACUAGCGGCGGGGGAAACUCCUCGGCAUGCUUCGAAGGAUCCGGAUGGGACGAGAGUUCCAUACUGAUUUUUUUCUCUCUGGACCUUUUGCCUCUGUCUCCUUUUUAAGUGACCUUUGUAUUGCUUUUUUCAUGAAUGACAAACAAAUUUCUAUAUUUUCAUGAAACCAGAGACACAAAAAAAAACAACAAACAAACAAAGAACACUGCUGGGUAAACUUUGUGUCACGGGGAGAACUUUCAACAGUAUUUAUCUGACGUACUGACACGCCGUUAGCGGUUUUUAUUCAUGUAUUUGUUGCAAUCCACGUGUACAUCUCUCAGAGCCUAUUUAAAGAAAUGUGUUUAUUUAUGA